AUGUCAGGCUCGACGGUCGUGCACCUGACGGACCACGCCAAGCUCACGGCCGUGCGCCGCGUGCCGUCUUCGAGCAACACCUCGGCGCCCGUCGCUCCUCUGACGUCGAGCGGCCACGCUCCGCAGCUCGGCGGCAGCGGCAACAACACCUCGCUCCGCGCCCAGCUGCGAAGAGAGCGCGAGGCUCGCCGCGAGACGUCGAGCGCCAGCGAAACCAAGGUCGCCGGCCACCUGCCAUCUCGCGCGAGCGAAGACAUGAGCCACAAGCCCAUGCACGGCGAGCCUCUCCAGGCCAGCGGCGCCGAGAACGUCGCGCCGGGCGUGCUCGACCCGCCCGAGGCCUUUGAGCAGAGCUUCGGCCUCGAGGCGCUGCAGUCGGCAUUCUCGGCCAAGUACUACGAGUUCAGCGCCAAGUACUACGAGCUGGCGAAGAAGUGCCGCGAGUGGGAGCGCUUCGCGGCCAAGCUGCGUGCUCAGGCCGAGGCCCUCGCAUCGGAGACGCGCCUUCUACGCGGUCUGAACUCGCAGCAGGAGAGCGUCAUCGAGCGCCUCGAGCGCGAGAACAUCGCCCUGCGCGAGGAGGCCCACAUCCGUGAGGCUGACCGUCGCCGGCUGUCUGAGCGUCUCGCUGUCUCGCAGGCUCGACUUGCUCACAGCAGCUCGGGCGGCGACCUCCACGGUGCCGGUCAAGGGCCGUCGUCGGGCAAGCGCGAUGUUCGCGCGGCGUCUGCUUUGGACCGCUACCAGCCGCCGUCGCCUCUGGCCGCUUCCUCCUCGAUGUCGAUGUCGACGUCAAUCGAGGGCAGCGGCGAGGCAGGUCUCGGCGAGAUGACCAUUCCCUGGUGCAGCAGCAACCUCAUCAACAUGUCGCACGGCCUUGUUGAGUUCGGCGAGCAACAAGACCUCCGUCCGCCGACGCCGCUGGGCCAGCUGGCAUCGCUCGUCGAUGAGCACCAGAGCUUCACAAAUGUCAGCGGCACAUUCGCCCACCGGGAUCGCAGCGUCUCGAACGCCGGCAGCCAUCUGAGCGGCAUCGGCAGCGACGUGCUUGACGCUGCCCGCCGCGACGCAGAUGCCAUGCUCGCCGACGCACGCUCGUCGUGGCCCGGUCAAGGCAACAGCCAUGUGCGCGACGCUUCGCGCAGGUCGCGAGAAGGCCCGAUGGACCAGGACACGGACUCGUUCAGCGGUCGUGUCCGCCAGCCGUCGCAUGGCCCCACCGGUACACACACCCUCGUCAACGCGCCUCAAUCAGGCAUGCCUAACUCCCAAAGCGCUCCGUCCGCCAUUUACGCGCAGCAAGGCCAGCAGCCGCCGAGCCCUGGUCGCACGGGCAAGCGCCACGUCAGCACCGAGGGCAGCGGCGCAACGGCGCCCAAGCGUCGCAGCACCAACGUCGGCAGCGGCAACUUCGCACAGCAGACCGCCGGCGCAGUCGGUGUCAGCGCGAGUGCUAGCCUGCCGAGCCUCGUCCAGCACGCCAGCGGCCUUGCCUUGCCUGGUAGUGGACCGCCGCCGACCGAGGCGGCAAGACGCCGUGGCAACAGCUCGACGGCAAGCGACGUGGCAGUCACCGGAGAGUACCUCGCCGGCGCUCUCGAGGCACGCAAGCAGCUGCGCCGCACCAGCCUGAGCCAGCAGCAACAGCUACAAGCCAUCCAGGCCCAGGAGCGUCAGACCGCCGCCAUGGCAGACCUCGGCCACGGCUUCCCGCCGAUGGUGCAGCCGCCGUCCCGCGCCGGCAGCCGCAUGAGCAACGUCAGCACCGGCGAGCGUGCCCGCUCGCGCUCGGGUCGCAGCCGCGCCGGCAGUGCCAGCGUGCACGACGCAAUCCCGAUGGUCAAGGACGACAUCUUCUCGGACCUGCCCGCCAAGCUCGCUGCCGCCGCGGCAUCCCGCAGCGAAAGCGUCAUGAGCAUGGCAAGCACGCGGACUGCAGGCCCCGUCAGCCAUGCGCCCCCGGUCGCUCGUCCGGGCAGCAGCAUGCAGCGCGACUCGUUCCCCACGAGCGUCAGCGAGCCGGUCGCGCUCCGCGUCGUCAGCGGCGGAGCACAAUCGCUUGUGCACCAGCGCAGCGCUGACCUGCGGCAGCAGCAGGCUCCCAGAGCCUCGUGGCCGGACCAGUCGAACGGCGCCACCGACGGACGCGAGACGCCGUCGCCGCCGUCGCGUCCCCGCAGCUACGAGGCUGCCAAGCAGGCGCAGCAACAGCAGGCCGAGCAGCCUCAUGCUCCUUCGCACUUUGCGCCGCACCUCCAGCCGCGUGCACCUAUCAGCCGCUCCACCUCGGCCAGCAGCGGCUUCCAGGACGCGUCCGACGUCGCCAUCUCGGUGUCGGGCAGCGACGACGGCCGCAAAGCCAACCAGCCCACUGGUCCGCAGUCAGACGAGGACCGGCGCAGCGCCCACCGCCGCCUGUACAUGCGUCUGCGCGACGAGCUCGACGCCGCAGACCUUGUCAAGUUCGAGCGAUACGUCCACCGCUACGACGCCCUCGAGAUUCCCAUCGACGGCCCGCGCGGCCUCGUCAACCGCGUCAAGAAGCUCCUGCUGCUCUCCGACGCCAAGAUGCGCGAGACGAACCCGGAGCGCUUCCGUCUGCGCAAGGACAUCGCACGCGAGUUCGAGCGCAUCGUCCGCGUCGAUCUCGACUACGAGUAA